AUGUCACAGGACUGCAACGAUGAGUGGGAGCUGAGCAAGGAGAAUGUGCAGCCCCUCCGGCAGGGGCGCGUCAUGUCCACCCUGCAGGAAGCGCUGGCUCAGCAGGAGGCCUCCAUCCACACCGCUGUUCAGCUCAAAAAACAGGAGUUUGAAUCAGAAAUCCGAUUUUACUCUGGAGAUGAUCCGCUGGAUGUCUGGGACCGGUACAUCAAGUGGACAGAGCAAACCUUCCCCCAGGGUGGAAAGGAGAGUAAUCUCGCAGCAAUAUUGGAAAGGGCAGCGAAGGCACUCAAUGAACAGCAGCGAUACUACAAAGAUCCCCGCUAUCUCAAUAUCUGGCUCAAGUUUGGAAAUUAUUGUAACGAGCCCUUGGAUCUGUACAGUUAUCUACAGAGCCAGGAAAUUGGCACAACACUGGCACUACUUUACAUCACUUGGGCAGAAGUACUUGAAGCUAGAGGAAGCUUUAAGAAAGCAGAUCUGGUAUUCCAGGAAGGCCUUCAGCGUAAGGCUGAGCCUUUGGACAAACUCCAGUCCCAUCACAGGCAGUUUCAGACCCGUGUUUCUCGGCAGACACUGCUGGGGCUUGAGGAGACUCCUGAUGAAAAAGAUAUGGGUCUUCUGGGAGCUGCAGAACCUCAGAGAAGCUUGUUGGCAGAUCUAAAAGGCAGGGGGAAGAAAAAUUCGGUUGCUGAAACCACAUAUUCUACGAACCAAACCAGAAGCUUCCAGACUCUAACUUCUCAGCAGAAUUCAAAUAAUCCAGGUUUUGCUGUGUUUGAUGAAAAUUCAGCUUCUGGACCUGAGAUUCCUGUACUUACACCACAGUCAUGGAUUGCACCUCCAGUUCCAAGGGCCAAGGAGAAUGAACUAAGUGCAGGACCUUGGAACUCUGGCAGGCGUCCUCGCAGCAGUGCAAAUUCUGGUAUAGAGGUGCCCUGCCAGCUGCCCAAUUUCACCCCAUAUGUGGAAGAGUCAGCUCAGCAACAAGUCAUGACUCCCUGCAAAAUUGAACCCAGCAUAAACCGUGUCUUAAGUGCUCGCAAACCCGAUAAAGAGGAGGAUCCACUACAGCGAGUGCAGAAUCAUCAGCAGGACACUCAAGAAAAGAAAGAGGUGGCGAUGUAUUGUAAAGAUAAAGUUUAUGCUGGAGUCGAAGAAUUUUCUUUGGAAGAGAUCCGAGCUGAAAUCUAUAGAAAGAAAGCAAAAAAGAAAGCUGAGGAGGAAAUGCAGGCCAUUGCGCAGAAGAAGGAAGAAAUACAAAGGAAAAUUGAGGAGCUGGAGAAGAAAUUAAAGAAGAAAGAAGAUGACAAGCAGCAAAACCUACUUGAACAACCAACAGAGGUAAGAGGAGAGUCACCACCUUUGGGACACCAAGGAUUUACUACUUCCAGUGCAGCAGAAGUUGGGGAGAAACAGCAUCAGCUGCAAAGUGAAGCCCAGGUCUCCGAAGAUGUUCAACUACAUAAACCAUCUUGUUCUGAGGAUGUAGGUCUCUUUCCCCCACCGGAUCCUGCUAUGCUUUUCUCCAUAUUUGAUGAAUCUUCUAGUUUGGCAAAUCAGAAUAUAAGUUGUUCUGCAGAUCAUGCACAGAAAAGUGCCCAUCGCCCUCUUGCUGUUCGUAAACCUUCUGAUUCUGUAACUGCAAAGGAAAACAUACCACCAGAAGCCUGUGAUGAGCUGAAUGGAAUUGAACCUUUGACUGAAGAUGCAAUUGUGACAGGCUCCUACAGGAACAAAACCCUUUGUGCCAACCCAGAAGACACGUGUGACUUUGUUAGGGCUGCCCAUCUGGCCUCAACGCCCUUUCAUGGGGUGGUAGGUCAGAGAGUCUCAGCUCCUGCUUUAUCACAGAGCAUCCUGAAGGAAGACUGUCCAGAAUCUAAGAGUGCACCUCUGAAUCAGGAAACACUGGUUUGUGAGGGAGCAUACAAUGAAGCUCUGUGUGUAAAUAAACUGAGCCCCAUCAUGGAAGCAAGCCUGGAAGAUACUCGCUCGUCAGGUUCUUCUGUCUCCUCAGGAUCUUCUCUUUCCUCUGUUACACAAAUAUCUACUAUUAAAGACUUGCAUAUCCCUGAGAAACUGGAACUUGCUCAGAGCUUGCCUGCUGAAAUGGUUACUGAUUCCGGAGGUGAUGAUGUAACUCAGUUCUUGUGGAGUGCUAAGCAACGUAAAAAGCUUUUGGAUCCUAUGCUAAAAUCAUUGGCUGCUUCUCCAGGUUUUCAUUUGGAGACUGGUGCUCUGCCUGUCAUGGAGUUUGAGAAAGACGUUGAGCUAGGAAAUGAGACUUACUCUAUCAAAUGGGAAUAUUUGACCAAUGAAGAAUACAAGAUGUUUUUUGCCAUUCUAGCUAACUUUCCUCAGCUGGAUGCAAAGGGAUUUGCAAUAAAGGUGUAUUCUCAGCCUGUGCCUUGGGAUUUUUAUAUCACACUUCAGUUACAGGAGCGUUUGAAUACUGACUUUGACCAAAGCUUCAGUGAGAAUUGCAGCUGUUACUUGUAUCAAGAUGGCUGUGCUAUUUUGCACAGGGAUAUAAAUCACUUCACGCUUGCGGAUGUUAUGCGUGGCUGUAAGUCCAUGACAGAGGAAGUUAUCCUACUGGUUGUUUACAAUCUUCUGGGUGUGGUAGAGAAGCUCCACAAAGCAGAGAUUGUCCAUGGAAAUCUGAGUCCAGAGGUGUUCUUUCUGGGAGACAGGAUCUGUGAUCCCUUUGCUAAUGAUGAGAAGACAAGAGCUCUGAAGAUAGUGGAUUUCUCUCAUGCUCUAGAUUUGAGAUUACAGUCUCAAGUAAGUUUACCCAACAGCUUUCCAAUAUCUCGGACCCCUCAUGGACAACAGCUUCUGGCAAAAAGUUCUCUGCCUUAUCAGGUAGACUUGGUUGGCAUUGCAGAUAUAGUUCAUUUGAUGCUGUUUGGGGACCACGUCCAGGUCUAUCAAGAGAAUUCCAUCUGGAAAAUCAGCCAAAAUGCAUCAAAGACUGUUGACAGUGAUUUCUGGAGUAAACUUUUUGGGAGAAUUCUGAAUGCAGAUGGUAAGUCCACAGUGCCUCUGCUGAGGGAGUUAAGAGAGGAAAUAAGUGACAUGUUUGACAGCUGUUUCCAAGAACGUCUUUGUGAAGCCUUAGCUGCACUGGGAGAAACUUUCUUCUUGGAGAACUUGCUGUGAUUUCAUAGAGGACAAAUACAUUUUGUAUUA